AUGGCAUCCCCAUCUACCGCUCACAAGACAUUUGCAAACUACUCCCUCGCCGAGUCGCCCCAGUCGCUCUUCUCCAUCUAUGGCGAUAGGCCUGAUGGUUGCCCCCCAUGCUUCAACUGCAACCUCGAGGACUUCAAGUGCAAGCAGUUUGCCGACUGUAGCAAGGCCAACGGACGAUGCAACUGCGGUCCUGGAUUUGGCGGCGAGGACUGUUCAGAGCCACUCUGUGGCGCUCUGCCUGAUGGCAAGGACCGUUCGCCCAGAGGAGGCGCAAAGGAAUGCGAAUGCUCAGAAGGUUGGUCUGGCAUCAACUGCAACGUCUGCCAGACCAACGAUGCUUGCAACGCCAUGAUGCCCGAUGGCGAGGGUGGAGUCUGCUACAAGGACGGCCAAUUGGUCAAGGAAAACUUCCAGAUCUGUGACAUUACCAACAGAAAGAUCCUCGAUACCUUGAAGGAGAAGAAGCCUCAGGCCACCUUUUCUUGCAACGCCGAGGCCGAAGAGUGUAACUUUCAGUUCUGGGUUGACCAGAGGGAAUCCUUCUACUGCGCCCUCGACACGUGCGCCGCCUACUUUACCGCCGAAGCCGAUCGCAACAUCACCAAGUACCGAUGUGAGAACAUCAAGUGCGAGUGUAUCCCCGACAGGAUGCUCUGCGGAGAGGAUGGCUCUGUCGACAUUGGCGACUUCUUGAGGGAGUCGAUCAAGGGUCCUGCCGAAUUCAGGGGUAUCUCAGCCAUUAACAAGAAAGAAAGCGGCAGCGUCUUUUCCGAGCCUGCCAUGAAUGACCUCAUUUCGAGCAUCUUUGGCGACGAAAGCAUCUUCUUACAAUGCGACACUGGCGAGUGUCUGUACCAGACUGAAGUACCCGGUUACGAAAGGCCCAUCAAGAAGAUCAAUACGCCUCUCAUUGCGGGUGUUAUUGCCGGUUGUGCUCUGUUUAUCGUCGCAGCUAUCCUGGCUAUCUGGUACCUCACCCAUCGUGCCGAGGCGCAGCGUUAUGGCCCCAUCCACUUAUCAGACGAUGAGGAGGAUGAGGAUGCGAAGCUGCUAGCCGACCACAAGCCAGCCUCUUUCCUCUUCGAAAACGUGGCAUACAAUCUCAACGGCAGGCAAAUUCUCUCCGGAAUUUCUGGUGCGGUCCAUCCCGGAGAGCUUCUAGCCAUCAUGGGCGCUUCCGGUGCUGGAAAGACCACUUUCUUGGAUAUCCUCGCCCGUAAGAGCAAAAUUGGUGUCGACAGCGGUGAUUUUUACAUCAACGGAGAAAAGGUUCGCGAUGACGAGUUCCGAAGCGUUAUUGGCUUUGUCGACCAGGAAGAUACCUUGCUGCCUACCUUGACCGUCCACGAAACUAUUCUUGACUCGGCUUUACUGCGCCUACCAAAGGAAAUGAGUCUUAUUUCAAAACAGCAGAGGGUUGAAGAUGUAGAACGCCAACUCGGUAUCUACCACAUUCGUCACCAGAAGAUCGGCUCAGAAGAAAGUGGUCGUGGCAUUUCUGGCGGAGAAAAGCGUCGCGUCGGUAUUGCCUGUGAGCUUGUCACUUCGCCCAGCAUCCUCUUCCUCGAUGAGCCAACCAGUGGACUGGAUGCUUUCAACGCUUUCAACGUCGUCGAGUGUCUCGUCAAUCUGGUCAAGAACUACAACCGAACAGUUGUAUUCACCAUUCACCAGCCGCGCUCUAACAUCGUAGCCCUUUUUGAUCAGCUGAUUCUGCUCGCAAAGGGCCGUACUGUCUACUCUGGACCUUUUGAGAACUGCCAAUCCUACUUUGACGAGCUUGGCUACACUUGCCCACCUGGUUUCAAUAUCGCUGAUUACAUUGUCGAUCUUACCAUGCAUGCAAGUACAGCACGUCAGCCCAUUGACGAGGACAGCUCUCUCUUCAACCGUGAUCUGAACCGCGAUGGACUCACCACCAGCGCAAGCAGUGCAAUCGCCGUCAAGUCUAUUCCUAGCAUCAAUACCUCUGAGCUUGAGCGAGACCUUGCUGGAAGUCCCAGCAACUCUAGCAUGAUGCGACCCAAGGGCAAGCGCAGGACAUCUAUCAAGCAGCAGCAGGAACGCGAGCUAUUCACACGCAAGAAGACUUCUACUACCACCAACGAUGGCACCAUGUCACCUAAGACUGACGAAGAACCCUAUGAUCGUCGAGGCGCUAUCAAAGCUCAAUGGCUGAAACUUACUCGUCAACAAGGUGGUGUACCUCCUCAGAUUCUCGAAGAUCCAGAUGAGCUCCCACCCCCUGCUAACGGCGCAACUGGAACCAACUUGGAUCUUCUUAUCAAUGCCUACUCUUCCUCCGAGGUCGCGGCCAGAAUUCGCGAAGACAUUGCUACUUCAGUCGCAAACGCCAACCAAGCUAAUGGCACGAAUGGAAACCAAGAGGUCAAUGGUUUUGUUGCAGCAGGCAAGCUCAAGGGGUUUAAGAAGGUAGGCUUUUUUGGCCAGUUCAAAAUCUUGUCUCGACGCACAUGGCGCAAUCUCUACCGCAACCCGAUGCUCAUGCUUACCCACUACGCCAUCGCCAUCGUCCUGGCCGUGUUCCUCGGGUUCCUCUUCUAUGGCCUCACGGACGACAUCAAGGGAUUCCAGAACCGUCUUGGUCUGUUCUUGUUCGUCCUCUCUCUCUUCGGUUUCAGCAGCUUGACCAUUCUCACCGUCUUUGCACCUGAGAGGCUACUCUUUACCCGUGAGCGUGCCAAGGGCUACUACUCCCCGCCAGCAUACUUUGCUUCCAAGGUUAUCUUCGACAUUAUCCCACUUCGUCUAUUGCCACCCAUUAUCCUCGGCAUCAUUGUUUACCCAAUGACGGGCCUCAUUCCCGCCUGGCCCAACUUCCUUAAGUUCACGCUUUUCCUUGUUCUCUUCAACCUCGCUGCUGCGGCCAUUUUCCUCUUCAUCGGUAUCGUGUUCCGCAACUCCGGAGUCGCGAACUUGAUCGGCGUGCUUGUCAUGCUCUUCAGUCUCUUGUUCUCUGGCUUCUUCUUGAACAAGGAUAGUAUUCCUGGUGUAGCCAAAUGGUUGCAAUCUUUGUCAAUCUUCCAUUACGCCUUUGAAGGUCUCAUUGUCAACGAAGUCAAAUACUUGUCUCUUAUCGACCACAAGUAUGGUCUCGACAUUGAAGUCCCUGGUUCAGCUAUCCUCAGCUCGUUUGGCUUCAACACGCAAGCGCUGUGGACCGACUGUAUCGGGCUGGGUGUGUUUGGUGGUGUAUUCGUACUGCUGGCCUACAUGGCUAUGCAUUUGUUGCUCGUGGAGAAGAGAUAG